UCAUAUCUGUUUCUCUUUGUUUCUUUCGAAGAUUUUGUUUUCUUUGGGUUUGAAAUUGUGUCUGGUGUAACGUUUGUUUAUACUCUCAUUCAUAAGAUCUUAACAAAAAAAAAAAAAGCUGGAAUUUUUUUUGUCUUGAGGUGAAUUAAUUGUUGUUUGGUCUCUUUAGAGCAAUUCCAAUGAAUAGAAGAAGCAUAAUUUACAUCAAAAUCUUCAUUUUUUUUUGUUUUUUUGAUGAGAUAACAAUAAUUUUUGUGGGAUAAUUUUUUGUGAUUGGUGUAGAUUUGGGUGUUAUAUUGAAUUCGGAUUAUUGUUGAUUGAGAAAGAACAAACAAAAAGAUUGUUAUUUCGCGUGAAUCUCGUUUUUUUUUCUCUUUUUGGGGGGUUUUCUCUUUUGUCUUUAGUCAUCUUCGUGGUCCUUGUUUUAGCUGAUGAAACCAGAACCAAGAGUUAGAGAUUUUCACAAUGCCGUAUUAUUUUCCUGUGAAUUAAAAGCCUCUUGAAUAUUCACAGAUUAGCUCCAAGGAAUCUCUGGACAAAUGGACUAAAACCGCAGGUAGAUGUCACUUUAGUGGUUCGUUGGGUUGAGUAUUCCUGUAUUAUCAACCUGAAGUUAGUUUGAAGUUAUGCUCACAUGGGUGAUAUUAUUCAAGAAAGAUUGUCAGUUUCAUCGUCUUCGUCUUCUUCAUCAUCCUCAUUGUCACUACCAACAGCUCAACAUAAAGGGAAUUCAUUGCCAAUAGAUAGGGAGUCUUGGAUGAUUGCAGAGCAGAGAGCUCAUGAGAUACUUUGCACUAUCCAACCUGUCGUUGUUUCAGACAGAAGUAGGAAUGAGAUCAUUGAUUAUGUAAGAUCUCUUAUCAAGAGUCAUGAUGGAAUUGAGGUCUUUGCAUUUGGUUCGGUGCCUCUUAAAACCUAUCUUCCAGAUGGAGACAUUGAUCUGACGGUCCUAACUAAGCAAAAUAUGGAUGACGAUUUUUAUGGACAAUUGUGCAAUAAGCUUCAAAAUGAAGACAGCGAGUCUGAAUUCCAGGCAACAGGUGUUCAAUUUAUCCCUGCACAGGUCAAGGUCAUAAAAUGCAAUAUCAGGAACAUUGCUGUGGAUAUCUCUUUUAAUCAAACGGCAGGUCUCUGUGCUUUAUGUUUUCUGGAACAGAUUGACCAACUCUUUGGGAGAGAUCAUCUUUUCAAGCGUAGCAUCAUCUUAGUUAAAGCUUGGUGCUACUACGAGAGUCGAAUUCUUGGUGCGAACACUGGAUUGAUCUCAACAUAUGCAUUGGCAGUACUAGUCUUGCACAUCAUCAACCUAUUCCAUUCAUCAUUAUCCGGACCUUUAGCGGUUCUGUAUAAGUUCUUGGAUUAUUAUGGUUCAUUUGAUUGGAGCAACUACUGUAUCAGUGUCAGUGGUCGUGUGCCAAUAUCCUCCCUGCCAGAACUUAUGGCAGUUUCUCCAGCAAAUGAGCAUGACUUAUUGCUUGACGAGAAGUUUUUAAGAGACUGUGUAGAGUUAUAUUCUGCUUCAACUAAAGCUGUUGAAGGGAAUGGUCUUGAAUUUCCUAUCAAACCUCUCAAUAUAGUUGAUCCUCUAAAGCACAGCAACAACCUUGGAAAAAGUGUUACACAAGGAAAUGUCCAACGAUUAAGACAUGCUUUUACACAUGGAGCUCGAAAGCUCAGAGAUGUUCUUUCACUACCUGGUGAAAGCAUGGGAUGGAGACUGGAGAGAUUCUUUCGUAACUCUUUGGAGAGGAAUGGUAAGGGUCAAAGGCAAGAUGUAAAUGAUCCCGUUACUGCGUUUGGUACUGGAAGAUCAGAAUUAUCUGAACUUAGUGGAGAUUUCGAAGGUUACUUUGAAAGACUUGUGUAUGGGCAAAUGUAUCAUGGCUAUAGCGUACCUGGAACAUUUCAGCAUAGCUAUAUCCCGGUGAAUUCUCAAGUUAAGGACCAGAGUGGUUGGGAUAUCGUUCGUGACCUUGUGAGUUGUCGAAAGAACGAGUUUUAUCUGAGAGGUCUCAAUGUAUCAACCUCAGUGCAGCCUUUUCCUCUGCACUCUUUAACUAAUGGCUGUCAAAACAUGAGAAAGAGGAGAGGAACCGGCACUUAUAUUCCUGACAUGAGUCGACAGUUAUACUCUGACAGGUUCAGAGACUCGAGUAGGAGAAACGCAUCGGCUCAUCAUUUAAAAACUUCCGCUAAGACAAUAGAUGAUGAGAAAGCCAGUAGUUGCUGCGAUCUUUCUGGUGAAGUGUCUACUUCUUGUACCGGUAACAAAGGAGAAGAAUGUGUGAGACCAGAGGCUUGUACUGACCCAGAUCAGCCUGUGCUCAAAUCUCCAAGAUGUGUGAAUCCGCAGAUAGAUGAAAAUUGCCAAUCUCCACCACCAGAAAACCUAGUAGAUGCUAUAUCUUCAAGCACGUUGGUAUUGGAAAAUGGCAAAGAAGAGAACAGCAGAUCCUCCGAAACCAUGAACGGUUCUUGACUUUUAGAGACUGUGACCAAACCUUUGGUUGAUAUCUUCAUAUAACCCUCAGGACAAACUCUAUUUAGGAUUCAAAAGAUACAACAGAAACUUAAUUAUGUUGUUGACCAAUGUUUUAUUAGAGAUCUCUUUUUCAUUGUUAUUAGGACGGAACAUACAACAGUGGUAUAGAUUAGCAGUUGUUUUUGGCUAUUUGUCUUUUGUUUGGAAUCAAUGUCCUGAAGAUCUGCUGAA